AUGAUAGAACAAAACCAGAGUGUCGAAUUGCUUAACCCACGUAAAAGCGGAAAGGAACCCCCCGACGAACGCACAUGCAAAGAAAGGAAAGUCAUUAGGAGGAUAAAAAAUAUGUCACGUACGAACUCCAUUAACUACGAAACAGUGAAGGGGGAAAUCAAAAUUAACAUGAACAGAAAGGUGAAACUGGUUCAAAGUUGUACAAGAAAAAAUUACACCAAUGGUAGCAACGUACAUACACUAAACUACAUGGCACCUACAGAAGAAAAAAUAAAAGAGACUAGUAAGGAUAGCAAAAGCAAGCAAUGUAAAGGGAAAACUAUGCUUGGUAAAACAAGAACGUGUAAUGCAAAACGAGUUAAACAGAAGAAUCAGCCAAAUGGAAAGGAAAGCAACAAAAUAAAUCAACCCUGUGUAGAUGUAGAAAAAAGAAACACGUAUGUAGAAGGAGCUGACACAAAUCAUGGAACGUUUAAAAAUAUGAGACGACUACGCGUCGAUCUGCAGUUGUUCCUCAGAAAUGCAGAGUAUCUUAACGAAGCCCUUGCCAAAAGAGACGAUCUCGAGUCCAAUCAAAUUAAAAAGGAAAAUCUAAACAGGGGUAAAGAAAAUGCAGAAACCACAGAUACGGAUCUGCCCAACUGUGCAGGCAAUGAAGCAAAAGAACUCGUAAAGAAUGAAAAAUGUGCAGGUAAAGGAGAAAUAGGCACAGGAGAGGUACAAAAUGAGACCCAUCAGCUGUACAACCAAAAUUUUACCCCAAGUCAGGGGGGGACUCCCGAGAUGGCUGAAAAGGAUCUCCAAAUUGUAUCCUCAGUUGGUUGCUACCAACUUAGGCAUGCCACUGCGAAGGGGACUAAUACUACCCCUGUGGAUAAACAGAAUUCGGGUCUCAUGGGUAACGAAAAAAGGAGCGAAAGGAAGUGCAGGCAAAGGGGGAAGAAUCGAAGCAGGCGCACUCCCAGCAGUGGGAGUGAUGGCAAUAAUAUUGGAAGCGUUCCGCACGUAAGGAAAAGAAUAAAACGAGACGUUUAUUUGGAAAGGCCACUCAGAAGAAAUGGCGAGCAGACGUGCAAGGAGAGCGCAGGUGGUGUGAAGAAGGGCCCCCGCAGUAGCAGCAGCUGCAGUGUCGGCGGGGGGGGAGCCGAGGAAGAAGAAGGGGCAACGGAGGAAGCGGUGACAACCAAGGCGGUGCAGGUACUGAAGGCAGUACAGGUAUUCAAGGCGGUACAGGUAUUCAAGUCGGUACAGGUGUUCAAGGCGGUACAGGUAUUCAAAGACGACGGAGACUACGUAGAUAACCGGGACAAUCCGGACAACCGAGACAGCCGAGGCAUCCCCGGAAACCCCCCCUACGAUCACGUCGAAGACAUCAUUGACAGGGUUAACCUAAACGGAACGCAACCUCGCGCAGAGGAGAGCAGCACCAACAAAAAAGGAGAACCCCCGAAAAAAAAAAACUUCAGUGUUCCAACCAAACGGACGCACAACAUAAAAGACAUAAUAGACAGAAACGUUUUGACAAAUUUUAUUAAGUGCGUUAAUAAGCAAUACAUGAACGGAAAUAAAAAUGAGCCUAAUAAAAUUCCAGCAGAGGAUAGGAAUGGAAAACAGGAUAAGGGGGGAUUAUUGCCUGUAUGCUCUCGCGCGUGUUCCAAAAGGGGAGUCACGUAUGGAAGGAAAGAGGAAGACCAGCGUGUGGCCAACGAGGAUGAUGAAGAUAACGCCGAUGGUUAUAACCGUCAUGCUGAUAAUCGUCGUGUUGAUAAUCGUCGUGUUGAUAAUCGUCGUGCUGAUAAUCGUCGUGUUGAUAAUCGUCGUGCUGACAAUCGUCGUACUGAUAAUCGCCAUGCUCAUAAUCGCCAUGCUGAUAAUCGCCACGCUGAGGAGGAUGUGCAGAGUGUGCCGGGGGGGCAGUAUGAUGAGGACAGGCACCACCAUGGAAGCAACUCCAAUGUGCGGACAGCUCCAUAUGACCGCCACUACACCGCUGAAAUCGAAAACGAAAUCGAAUUCGAGAAGUCGAAGAAGCCAAGCAAAAGAGACGCCAUAACUCAGGUUAGCCUGAAUAAGGCAAAAGGUGAUCAACAAAGAGCUCCCCAAAACAGAGACCUCUCAAACUAUGGGAAAAACCUUUUCGCUAAUUGUCCUACCAUAUCUACCAAUGCAGAAAAGGAGAUAUGCAACAUGGUGAAUAGGAAUGCACAAGUACAGAACGAGUUAACCGAAUUGAGCAGCUUUAAGAAUGAACCAUCUAGCCAUUUUGGAAGUGGCUACAAUCAUGACCUUGCCACACAGGAAAAAGGAAAUCCUUGCAAAGCAGUCACUGUGGAAACGAACGAAGCGAAUAAAGAUGAUCCCAUAGAAACGGAAAAGUUAACCCCUAAUUUACCCUUUAACUUUAACCACACUUAUGAUGAUGAGUCCUCUGCUCUUAUUAGGAAAUACCAGGAGCUUCUCCUUCAGCAUGCUUCCAAGCCUCCCCAUGUAGAUAAGAAAGAAUUGGAAAAAUGCACGUAUUGCGUUUUGCACAUUUUGAACCAGCACAGGGGGGAAGACGGGGACAGCCAAAAUGGGGACCAAAUUGGCAACCCAAGUGGCAUCCAAAAGGGCAUCCAAAGUGGCAUCCAAAGUGGCAGCCAAAGUGAUAGUCCUUUUUGUAAGGACGGCAGGUUUGCUGAGGAUGGGCAGCAACGUGGGAUACACAACGGGGAGCAAGCUACCGCCAAUAUCGCGGAGACCAAGGCAGGCAUCUAUCAAGACAUCGCACACAUAGGAGACCUCACCAAGAGCUUCAAAGGCAACUACGAAUCUUUGAAAAAUUACCUGAACAAUUUAAACAAGAAAAAAAAGAACGUUCAGGAUUAUCUACUGAACCUUUACUGUUAUGCGUACAUAAGACAAUGUGCUGUGAAUAGCGCGAAGACGGCAGAUGGGGGAAACCGCGCUCUUACCAAGGAGGAACAGAAUAAGGGCAAGACGAACGAAGGAACUCCUUCCAACCAUAUGAACAAUCAUUACGGCAAAGAUAAAAGGGACUUUGCGAAUUUCCAUUUUGUGAAGACCAUAAAUGAGAAGGCUAACAAUGAAGAAAAGGAAAAAAACAGCGCCUCCAAUUGUUCAAAUGAAGGGGGGGAGCUCUCCAACCGCCCCCUCGGAAGCAGCGGCGGGUGCGGCGGUUACAGCGGCGGUUACAGCGGAGGUUACGGCGGAGGUUACAGCGGCGGUUACGGCGGAGUUUACGGCGGAGGCUACAGCGGCGGUGAGGACUUCUCCGCAAACUGCAAUAAAAGGCAGGUGUGCAGCAGCGCGCCGAAGGAGGACCAGAGGACGGAUCAGAAGAUGGGUUAUAAAGCGGAUCAGAAAGCGGAUCAGAAAUCGGAUUACAAGACGGAGCACAGGACGGAACACAAAGCGGAACACAUGGAAGGGAGCAACCCCCUCCGCGUUAACGACAAACAUGGUGCCGACGCACAAAAUGGAGAAAUUAAAAAAAUUCUGUGCAGAUACUACAACUACUUGAAACUAAAGAAUUAUAUCAUACCGUAUAACAUGUACAACAAUUCCAGGGGAGUGGCAAAGAAGAAGAGCAGCCCUAGGGGGGGUAGAGCAAAUAAUGAGCUUGACAAGAACGAGGAGAGCAAUGAUAAUGGUACACACAAUCACAGACAUGCAACCCUAGAAGAGGACCUAAUUAACAUAUCGUAUAAUUUCAUCACAGAACAUAGAGGUCCAAAUAAGAAUCUAACGUAUGAUCACUUUUGCAAUUUUCACAGGAGAGAAUUUUUAAAAAAAAGGACAAGCAAUAUUUUAAAUAGAACAGAUGAAGAUGUCACGAAAAAAUGGGAUAAACCAAAACUACCGUGCAGUGAUUACAGCACCCGGCUAUUGCGCAGUUAUACUUAUGAUGGUCAUCACAGCAUGAAUGCUUACAAGAAGAAAAAUAAUGGAAGCCAUUUCUACCUGUUCAAAUACUUAUUAGAAAAUCUGAAUCGAGAAGAACUUCAAAAGUUGAUGCUUUGUCAGUGCUGUUAUGUGCUAAAAAAAAUCGAAAAUAAAAUGACCCCCCUGGAUGUGAUUUUAGAUACCCAAAUUUUGUUCCAUGACUGUAAUAGGUACUUUAAAAAUCAGGGGUGGUUAGAUAACAGUGAAAUUUUUCAGGACAGGACAAAGCUACAGACGGACAGGACAAAGCUCGAGGCGGACAGGACAAAGAGAGAAACGGACAGGACAAAGCUACAGACGGACAGGACAAAGCUAGAGACGAACAACUUAGAGAAGGAUAGUCUUGCCGCUAGCAGAACCAACCUCGGGGGUAGUCUCCAGUUUAGUGCUCUGCAUAGGAACGAACUUGCGGAAUUGCACAUCGGGGUGGGCACCAAUGGGGGCAGAACGCAGAAUAGAAGAGCGGCCCCCACGCAAGCCAACCCGUCCGAGGUUACCCACCAUGCCAACAGCAGCAGUGGAAGCGGUGUUGGAAGCGGUGUUGGAAGCGGUGUUGGAAGCGGCAAUGGAAGCGGUACUGGAAGCGGUACUGGAAGCGGUAGUACGAACAAUUGCCUCACCAACAAGGGGCACACCGCCACUAGCAGAAGCAACAGAAGCAGCGUCCACUUUUACAAUUUUGAAAACCACGAAGUAUCCAUGACCUCGACGACGGCGUCCAUGAGCUGGCAAGGCAAAGGAUUCGCAAAUGAAAAAAAUAGGAACCAAACAAAGUGCAACGAAAAGUGCAAAAGGAAAAAUGACAAAGGGAGAAAUAAUCAGCUAGCUGGAAAAGCAGAAAAGGAAAAUAAAGAAAAAGUGAAGAGGUGCCAAAAGGUACGAGGUAGCAUAGACCGCAGCAAGUUCGAAAGCGCAUUGUUUAAAAUAGCCAGCCGCAAAUUGAGGGACCUACAGAGGCAGGGGAAGAGCAUCUACACCAGGGCCAAACGGAUGGCCGACGACCAGCAGAAAGCAACACCGGAGUGA